AUGGGCUGGGGUCGAGGCAGGCUGGGAUGUGCCAGGCAUCCAAGUUUUCCGGCGGCUGUGAUGGGGAAAUUCAUUCAAGUCGGGAUCAAUCUCUUAGUUCUAAAUCCAGUACUCGUGCUUGCGCUUUUUCGACCGAUCCCGGUGUCCAGAAUAUACAACCCCCAUUCACCCUUUGUCAAAUCCGAGACCGCUCAGCGCCAGAGCUCCUACUUUGCGGCCAUGCCCACGCGGUCGCGAUCGAGAUCGGAGUCCCGGGAUGUGGCUGACCCUGAUCAUGAACAGCUCAUCUCGGCGCCAGAAAAUGGCAGGGCAAAACGGCCGACCUCGACUCGGAGCCGCGAAUCUUACGAGACCCAAAUCCUGGAGGCGUCAGACCUGUCGUCUCAAAGCGUGAACGCCACACCAAGAAGCGUGGCGUCCAGUUCUCACACAAGAGAGGGCAGACAAGGAGGCCCCGGCUUGGCAGCCAGGCCUCCGUCGACCCGGUCGCUCAUCCGCAGAAUCUCGUCCAUGGUCCGCAAGAACAAGAAGGGGAUCGAACGCCAGAAGGAUGAGCUCCACACGGCCCAGCAAGAAGCAGAGCAAACCAAAAAGGAGAACGCCAUGCUCAAGCAGCAGCUCGAGGACGCAAACAAGACGCUAGCGCGCCUCGAAUCGAACCUUAUCGAGCAGGGGUAUGCCCUACAAGAUGCUGUCGAGGAAUGCCAGACUCUGCAAAGCCAUCUCGAGAACAGCAUUUACGUCCCCCUCCUUGGCGAGCCGGAAGGUUGCCCACGUCUGGCUUCCGAGGUCUAUAAAAGCAAGAAGUACAAGCGCCGGACUUGGGGCUAGAGGCAAAACCCGCUCAUGAGGCACAUCACAUAUAUGACAAGCAGGCUGGGCAACAACUGCCUAGUUCUCGUCCAAUAAAACACUUUUAUUCCGCCUGAUAACAGCAAAUGUUUUCCGGCCAAUCAAAAACUCCUGCUCCAUAUCCCCGCAUUCUGCAGCUAACUGACAAAUAUCAAACGCC